ACUCCAGGUCAAACUCAUCGACUACAUAUCCCACAAGCCAUUGCUCCUUUCUCCAAUCGCGUGUUUUUGCCAGAACACGAGCGGCAGGAAUCCCGAAGUGUGGAGUCCGAAGAGUCCGGUGGAACAAGCGGAGAGUGACCGUCAGACCGCUCAGCGCGUGACACCUCAGCGGGGACUCGGGAGGCACCAUGUGGGCUCGGCUGCUGCUCGGCACCGGGGGCUCGGGGCUCGGGCUGCGGGCUUCCAGGGACGGUUUGCUGCGGCUGGCCGGUGCCCGUUGUGCGGGGAAGAGGCAGCUGGCUUCGAGCGGAGAAGCCGCCUCGAAGAAGACUCCGCUGUUUGACUUCCACAGGGAGCGGGGGGGCAAGAUGGUGGACUUUGCCGGCUGGAGCAUGCCUGUCCAGUACAAAGACAGUCACAUCGCCUCGCACAUGCACACCAGAGAGCACUGCUCCAUCUUUGACGUCAGCCACAUGCUGCAGAGCAAAGUCCACGGCAAAGACCGGGUGAAGUUCAUGGAGUCUCUCGUUGUUGCGGAUAUUGCAGAACUCAAGGACAACCAAGGUACGUUGUCCCUCUUCACCACUGAGAAAGGAGGGAUUAUUGAUGACCUCAUUGUGACGAAGACGGACCAGGGCUACCUCUACGUCGUCUCCAAUGCUGGCUGCGCUGACAAGGACUCGGCGCAUAUGAAGGCCAGACUGGCAGAGUUUAAAGCUGCAGGUUUUGAUGUGGAUCUGGAGUUCCUUGAUGAGGCGCUGAUCGCUGUGCAAGGUCCAUCCAUGGCUCAGGUGCUCCAGGAGGGGCUGAGAGAGGACCUCACCAAGCUGACCUUCAUGACCUCCAACUUGGCCACUGUGUUUGGCAUUCCUGGCUGCAGGGUCACUCGCUGUGGAUAUACCGGGGAAGAUGGGGUGGAGAUCUCCGUCCCCCAGUCCAGAGUGGUGGAGCUGACGGAGAAGCUGCUGGUUAACGGGGAGGUGAAGCUGGCCGGUUUGGGCGCCAGGGACAGUCUACGACUGGAGGCGGGGCUUUGUCUCUAUGGAAAUGACAUCGAUGAGAGCACCACCCCUGUGGAGGGCACUCUCGUCUGGACCAUAGGAAAGCGUCGGCGUCAGAACAAGGACUUCCCCGGCGCUGACGUCAUUGUACCUCAGAUCAAAGCCAAGACGGCCAGGAAGAGAGUCGGCCUGGUGUCUACAGGCCCCCCCGUCAGGCAACACACACCCAUACUCAGCCCCGAUGGAAAGGUCAUAGGUGAAGUGACCAGCGGCUGCCCGUCUCCCUGCCUAAAAAAGAAUGUAGCCAUGGGUUACGUGGACGCGGCAUUCGCUAAAAACGGGACAGCCAUCCAGGUCGAGGUCAGGAAAAAAGCAGUGCCCGCCUCAGUCAGCAAGAUGCCCUUCGUACCCACCAACUACUAUUUUGGAUAGGAGGGACACACACACACACACACACACUCUCGACCAUUCCUGCCCUCUGUCCCAUAUUUACCGAUGCUGCCCCCUUCAGUUUACCUCCAGCAAUGCAACACCAGUGUGAAGACUGAACGUCUUCAUUGAUAGUCCUCUGAGAGGAAAUAAUCCAAAAAUGCUAAAUUGUUGUACGAUACGGUAUGUGUCUCGGAACCUUUCCUUGCGUAGCACAUUAAAUGUUUAGCAGUUUGCCUUUGAGAGACUAAAGCAGAGAUGCAAAGUUCCAUUGUGUAAACUGAAUGGUGGUUUAAGGACAACAGGACCUCAAAUGUAAUAACACAUUUCAAACAGCAUGGGGACACCCUACGAACAGCUCGGCAUGCUACUUCACAUAGGGAUGCAUGCACAUGAAAUUAAUUACAUGCAGUAUGGUUGAGUCUGAGAAUGUAUGUAUGAUGUUAUGAGCUUAGAUGCUCUGUUAACACAAUCAGUAGUUUUUAAUUUGUUUUCUUCUAAUGUUUUAUAAGCGGACGGCAGCAUGUUAAAGUCAGAACAGAACCACUGAGGCUGCUUGAAUUCAUUAAAUACAAUGAUUUAAUUAACUUUUUGUUUACUUUGUUACCGCUGGACCAAAACUACAAGAUUCCAAAUGGUUCUACUGAUGUCAAAUAACUGCAUCUCUGCAUUUUGCUUAAAGGGCUUUUGAAUCCCACAGAGACACCUUUUUAUUCAUGUUGUUGUUAAGUCUUAAACAGCUCGAUCAAUGGAGGUCUUCCAACACAAAACUCCUGUCUAAAAUGUGCCAAUUAACAUAAACCAGUUCAGUUUGUGAAAGUGCCAUCUUUGUUUUAAUCAGGAGAUUUUCUUACAGAGUUCUUGUUUGAAGGGAAAUUGAGAGAGUUGUAGUUGAUUUAGUCAUAAACCUUUUAUAUCAAAUAAAAAGUUUUAUUUUAUCGUGAUGUAAUGAACCUAAAAUAGAAGUUUACGCUACAUGUGGCACACUGAGAUCCUAACUUGAAAACAAUGUGAAUUGUGAUUAUGUGUGUUCUGUCUGGCACCUUUUGAAAUGUAAUUUCAUUGUCUUUGGACUUUCUGUGGAGCUCUGAAUGAUUUUCAAAAAUAAAAAAACUAAUAACAUAAUUAAUAGAAAAAUACUACUACUGAUUUAUACGUUUGUCUUUGUCAUUUCUGUCUUUAAGGCGCAUUGUUGAUUUCAAUUAAUUUAAUUUUCAUGUAAACAUUUUGCAUAACACUUUAUUUGAAUUUAAAAUGUCUUAUGUCUAUUAAAGAAACUUUAAUUUACAAUUUAUUAUUACCCACUAUCAUUUUGUACUGGUUGUUUGAAAAUAAGAUUUCAUUUUUUUGGGGGGGACAUAUUUGGUAAAGACUGUGGCGUGCGUGUGUUCUGAGAACCCACGCAGUGCCACGGUUUAUUCCAGGGCCAUUCAUGCUGUAUACCACACUGAUAAGACCAUCAGUGGGGUUACACCUGAUGGAAGAUGUUCAUGCCAAAAAAGAAACCUGCUUAUUUCGGUGUAAUUGAGAUCUGUAGUAUAUUUAUGUGCAGUGGGAAAUUGGAUAGGUAUGUGUUUGCUUCUGGCCUCCACAUUGUAGACUUUAUGUUCCAUAAAUCCUAAAAUGAC